AUCAAAGCCAUCUGAGUUUGGAAAAGAGGGAUGUGAUUAUAGGAAAUGCACACGGUGAUGAUCAAAACUCCUCAAAAAGCAUAGAAAGCAACCCCGACGGGUGAGCUCACACAGCUGCUCACUAGCCUAUAUAAACAGCAACAUGUGGAGGAGACGCGCUCAAGUUUCCUGAUCACACCGACUGUCAGAACAAAGCCAACAUGACGCGCGCCCGUCUUUGAACGAUGUGUGGAUUAUUAACGCGGUUGUUAUUAUUAUGAGUGGCCAUGGCGUGGUGUGACCGCGGGAUUCAGAUGCUGCUGGCCACCGUCGGCGCUUUCGUGGCGUUUAGUUUGAUGAGCAUCGCGAUCGGGACCGACUACUGGCUUUAUUCUCGGGCGUAUAUCUGUAACGCCACCAACACCAGCACGGACGAGGCGCAGACGCAACCCAAGAAGGUCCGCGGAGAUCUCACGCACUCCGGGCUCUGGAGGAUCUGCUGUAUAGAGGGUCUCAACAAAGGAAGUUGUUACCGAAUCAAUCAUUUCCCAGAUGACAAUGAUUAUGACACUGACAGCUCUGAAUAUCUCUUACGUAUUGUGCGUGCCUCCAGUGUGUUCCCCAUCCUCAGUACCAUUCUGCUGUUGCUGGGGGGGCUGUGUGUCGGUUUAGGACGCAUCUACAGCAAGUGGAACAACAUAUUACUCAGUGCUGGGAUACUAUUCGUGGCAGCAGGUUUGAGCAACAUCAUCGGUAUAAUCGUCUACAUCUCCAGCAAUGCUGGUGACCCCAGUGACAAACGAGACGAAGACAAGAAGAACCAGUACAACUACGGUUGGUCGUUCUACUUCGGAGCACUCUCUUUCAUUGUGGCUGAGGCAGUGGCCGUUCUGGCUGUAAAAAUCUAUAUUGAGAAGAGCAACGAAGUACGGUUCAAAGCACGCCGUGAGUUCAUCAAGUCUACCUCGUCCUCUUCGCCAUAUUCUCGCAUGCCCAGUUUUCGCCACCGUCGACGGCACUCGCGUUCCAGCUCUCGCUCAACAGAAGCAUCACGUGAGGCGUCACCAGUGGGCAUGAAGAUGAUGAGCUCGGUUCCCGUAGGAGAGAUCAACAUGUACACAUUAACAAGAGACCCCCUCAAGUCAGGGACAGACAGCUCCUAUAGCCCAGAGCACGAUUCAGGAUUCCUCCAAGUUCACAACUGCUUUCCCAAAGACCUUAAUGAUGGUAUCAACAGGAGGACAACACCUGUAUGAGGUUACACACUGGAACGGAAGAGAUAAAGUUAAGGCCAUACUGCAUGGAAAGCCAUCAGGGCUCAGUGGCUUGUGGCAGAUGCCAGUGGAAGGGAUACUUAUUGGUGAAGCCAGUCAACCAAUGACGUCUCUCAUCUGUGAAGGAGAAGCACUGUGUUAAGUGGGAAAGAUUUCAUCUCGACAUUCAACAGCCAUUGCGAACACACUAAUUUGUGUUUCUUCUCGUGUUGUUCCUCACAUAUAAACAAGAACUCUCAGAAAGACUCAUCUCUCAUCAAAGGGCAAGACAUGCAAAUGUAAAAUAGAUGGUCUUUGGCAGUGCUUCAGAUAUUAAGGACUUUGAAUAAGCCAGUCAAUUCCCUUGGUUGAUAAAUAUAUUUUUGUUUGUCAGUACAGUGCCAUACUCUCAAUGUAUACCAAUGUGAUAAUGACUCUCACAGUAUGAGAUGGUGCUAACGUAGGCUCCAAGCUGAAGCCUUCCCAUUCUCGUGUGUUCAGUACAGACUCGAGCUGAAUACUGAACGCCCUUGUUCGCGUUAUAUGUUUGUUGCCACAGCUGUCUAACCCUAUUCAGUGUGCCUAUCAUCUUGGCAGUGUCAACUGCUCAGACUUUUUCUGGAGCCACUUUGCAACACAGUGCAAAACUGUAUUCCUCUGAUUUCGUUGUUGUACAGCUAGAAAUAUCAGUUGAAUUACUAAAUAAUCAUUGGGAAAAUUUAGAGUAGUAGAUUUAUGACUACUAAUUGUGUAUAAACACCCUGCUGAAAAGACCAGAUUGGAUUUUCAUGAUGUUCUCACUGGUUUGUUCUGGUCUGGUGCUUUCUCAUCUGGCAAACCUGCUUAGACAGGCUGUUCAUCAGCAAAACUUGACCAAGGAAGUCUUGCUGGUUACAGUCAGCAUGAAAUAUCAUUUGCUACCCAUUUUAUUUUUGUCAUAUAAUGUAUUUCUGAGUGAAAUGUAGGGCUGGACAGGACUUGAAAAACUGAUCGGAUUCUCAAAAGUUUACUCGCAUUCCAAAUCUAUAUGAUUUUUUUUCUGUCCAGGCAGCUGUUUUCCAUAUAAAGAAUGUGAAUGAGAAUUGGGGCUGUAGUUCACUAGAAAAAUGUCUUUAAUCAUCUGGUUCUUGAAUUCAGUGGACUGACUCCCUGAUACCAGUUGCAAUCACCAGACUGGAAAGGAAGAUUAUCAGUGAAUAAUAACUUGGAUUACUAAUGGGCUACUAUUAUGAUGCUUUUAUGUCAAGUUGUCCUUAUGAGUCAUACACUAUAUUCCAAUUGACUGAACCAUCGAGUCACCUGAGAACUAAAUCAGUCCAAUAAAUGAAUCAUUCCAAAUGUUUGUGUGAACUUGAUUGUAUAAAAUACACUGAAACUCAAAAGAACGUUUUGUUCACAAAUCAGAUAUAAUUUUGAAGCUUGACAGCCCCAGUUCUCAUUCACAUUGAUUAUAUGGAAAAGGGUGGCUAGGAUAUUUCUUUAAACAAAUAAGUAUCUUAAGUGGAUAGUGUGAGCAAAAAUUGACAUUACUUUGGGGACAUCAACCAAAAAGGAAAAUUAUUUCAGCUGCAUUUUUUUUUUUCUUUUUUGAAAGAUUACAAAGACUGUCAAUGAUUAUAAAGACAUUUUUUUCAUGUGCACUGAUGAGUCAUGCAGAAGAAUGCACAAUAAGCCAAGAGAUGUUUAUCACGCAAGUAAAUAGGGUCAGUUUUGAUUUCAUGUUGUGUUUAAGCUAGUUCAGAAGUCUGGUUUAGACUCCAGGGUUCCUUGCUCAGCACCAGCAUCUAAAACACAUCAUAUGAUGGUGGCCAGCUCUACUGGUCUCUUCAGCAGGGAAGUAUAGCAGUAUUCAACAGGCCUCAAGUUUUAUACUAUCACUUCGAAUUCUGACUGCCAUUAAUAGUAGUUCAACAAGUUUCAGUAGUUAACCAGCCAGUGUCGUUGUUUUCCAUUGUGAAUCAGUCAAAGAGUGAUGUAAUUACUCAACCUUCAUCUCCAUCGAGGGGUUUUACCUCUACUAAAGCUCGGUCUUUGCCUGAAUGUGGGUUAAAUAGAGCCACUUCUUCUUGUGAAUUUGAGUGAUGGCCGUGCAACGACUGAAUGGGGCAUCUUUGGGGAUCUGACAUUGUUGGAGUCCACUGAUAAAAGGAGUGCUGAGAAAUGUCAGACAUCCGGAAAUGAAAGACAAGUUCUGAGCCGGUCAGCCCUGAGAAACAUUUCAGUGACCGCUGAUAAAUAUCUAGGGCAGAGCAGUAUGAAAGACAUCAGUGUGGCCAAUCCAGCACUUUUGAAGACCAUUCAAAGUGUCUUAGCCUCACCAGAGCCUUAUGCCUGGAUUUCUCUUUGAGUCGACAAUAUAACCUCAUCGCUUCUUUGUUGCUGCUGGUUUUCCUCUCCUAUCUCAGAUCCCCUCGACAGAUCCGUAGUGAAAAAUCUAUUGCUUUUUCUCACUAAGGACUGCAUUAUCCAUGUGAGCGGUCAAAUCUGUGUCGCUAAAAGUGUUUCCUCACAAAAGGAGAGGUUGCAGAUGUAAAUAUCUGGUAUGUGUUUCACUGAAUUGAAGCAUUUACAGCUACCUUUUCUUAGUAAAGCCAUUUUAACACAAGCUUUUGAGCCAUGGCUCUUUGUAGAAUGGUGUAAAUGUUUGUUGGAUGUUUUUCUCUAACCCAUUGACUUUGUGUGCUUUUAACAGUAUUAUUAACAUGAUGCCUCACUGCCAAGCAUCACUCACUAUAAAUACCUGUAAUGUUCUCUCUGUUCAUCUUGGAAGGCGUUUUGUCCUUCUGGUUUUCUUGAUUUGCUAAUGUUGUUCUCAGUAUUUCUCUGUAUCACGGACAAAGUCGACAUAUCCUUGCUCACAUUAAUAAAUUUAAUUGAGGAACAGUGUC